AUGGAUCGGUCGUUGGGUGAAGUCGAGUGUGUCGAAUCGAAGUUUGUCGUUGACGCGCGCAGAAUUUCUGGAGCUAAACUUACCUCAACUCCGCCCCGCCCUCGCCCUCCGUCACUGUCACCUACCAGGCUGCUUCCCUCAGCAACCGUGGCGUCGUCCUCCGGCACUAGUCUGCUCGAGAAGCUGCAGCACUUCCUACCACUGACGAGCAACUUCACUACUGCGACCUUCGAACACGCCGCUAGAGUCGUCGAAAGCCUUCUGGGUGUCUCCCUCACGAGCCACGCUCCAUCCGAGGACCCUGGUACCACCACCACCUACGAGGCGCUGUCGAGCGUCGUGUCCGACUUCGUCGCUGAUCGGACGCCUCUCGAAAACACGUCCAUCUUCCUUGCGCUCGCCACUUUCCUGUUCCUCAUUAUGUCGUGGACGCAGCGCUUCGGUGGAGGCCUCGGCCGCUUUUCUCCCUUCACACGCUCUCCGCCUCAAGGUUCAACCAAAGUCAGUGACGCCGACUUCAGCUACAUCACAGCCGACGACUUGCGAAGACACCAAGCUGAAUCAAUGGGACAGCAACCCGCAGAAGCCGACUACGGCCCGCCUCGCGACACCGACGUCCUUAUUUUGCGCAAUAAAAAGAAGGAGUAUGCCGUGCACUUCCCGGCAUACAGCAUUGCCAAAGGCGAGCUCACUGUGGGCAAGGUGCGAGAUCAGGCUGCGAAGGCGACGCAGUCCGACGCACGCCGGAUCAAGUUGCUCUACAAGGGCAAAAAUCUGAAAGACGAUUCGCGACUAUGUCUCCAGGAGGGAUUGCAAGACGGAGCUGAACUGAUGUGCGCCAUCGCCGAGGGCAUGACUUCACCUAGCGAUAGCGAGGAGUCCGACGACGAGUUUGCCAACGGGACCGGUACGGCAGAUGGUGAGGCCAAGCGUAGACGUAACAGAGGCAAGAAAAGCAAGCGGCGCAACAAGCGAGAUCAAGCUGGAACAUCGACUCCACAAGCCGGUGAGCCUCCGCUUGGCAUGCCACCGAACGGCCAGCAUGCUUCCCGCACGCAAUCGCCUCGUCCACCUGCAACCCCAGCUACACCCCUUGACAAGCUCAAUGCGCUUCAUCAGAAGUUACAGGAGUUCGUCCCCGACUGCGAGAAAUUCCUGGCCUCACCCCCUACGGAGCCUGCGAAGAAGGACUUUGAGCACAAGCGAUUAACGGAAACGAUAUUGACCCAUGUUUUACUCAAAACUGACGGAGUGGAGACUGAAGGGGACGAGGAAGCCAGGGCGAGAAGAAAAGCGCUGGUGAAGGAGACGCAGGCGUGGUUGAACCGACUAGAUGCCGCAAGGAAUUCAUGA